AUGGUCAUCUCCAGGAUUUCAGUCCGGCCUCUACACCAUCACGCGCGUCUUGCUGUAUCGACGACCAAGUUCCCAGCCGCGGUCGCCGGCCCGCGAAGCUUCUCGGGAACACGGCGCCAGCAAACUUACGAAGACGACAUGAGCGGCCAGGAAGUCCCGCGUUCCAAGUCGCCUGCCGUGGAAGCUCUUCGUAAGAAUUGGGUUCCAAUCGGGGGCACGGCGCUUAUCGUUGGAGCUGCAUAUGCGUACUUUGCCUUCCCCAAGGCGAAUAAGGAUAAAAUUAAGGAGGAAAUGUUUAAUGCGGAGACGAAAUCUACCAAAUAG